AUGGCGAAUCUCAUCGACCCAAGCACCACCAAGUUGGUCCUUAUCGUCUCCCUCCUGUGGAUCAUCUCAUUCACCCUCCACACGCACUACGAGAUCAACGACAUCAUCUUCUACUCUGUUGCCAUCGGAACUUCCUUCGUUUUGGCCACCGCGAGCUGCGUCUGCCUCUCGGGUCUUGCCGUCAUCGCCGUCUAUUUUUCAGUCCUGGCCAACGCUGCGAUUCUUUGCAUCAUCGUUAUGCUCAUUCCGGUCCUUCAAUAUCUUCUUCAAUGCAUUUCAUCCUUAUUCACUGGUAUUAAAAAUCUUUGCGAUCGAGUAAUCGGGUUCUGCGAUGCGGUGUUCGGUUUCUUGGACAACAUUAAUACUGCGGUGCAGUUGUUUCCCCCGUCAUUUGACAGAUUUCUUUACGGACCUGAAGGUCUUGAGCCACUCACUGAUGAAUGA